AUAGUUAGGAAUCUACGGUAAACCGAUUUGCGCUUAAACUCUCGGUUUUAUCUCGCUCUAAGUACCUCGGCUUAACUCGGGUAUUGUGCCGUUUGACUAAGUGAACAAAUAGAUGAGAGAGCAGUGAUAUAUAUAUUGACUUUGGUUAGUGUAUCGUCGACGCCGUUGCAGAUUAUCUUCUUAUAUUGUUUAUUAGGCGUCGAUUUUUUCCACGUUCGAGGACCGGACGUUUUUGGCUGCCGCUGGUUGGUGUGAUCGUCCUUUUUCGGCGACAAGGGACCAAAGUAAAUGUGGCCAAAUACACUAGCUACUGGAUGCAGCCCGGACAACGAAAUCUCCUUCGCAGGCUUUGGAAGUACUUGCGGUGGAAACUCCGGAAGUACUAUGGCCUACAAAUCAGCUUUAUACCCUAUGCCUAGCCUCGGCCUACACGGGCUACCCGUGGAUUCGUUACAUCCUUCCAUGGCGGCCUAUCCAGGGGGCAUGGGUAAUCAAAGGAAGCAAAGAAGGGAACGAACGACGUUUACAAGAGCUCAACUAGAUGUUCUGGAGACACUGUUUACCAAGACGAGGUAUCCAGACAUUUUCAUGAGGGAAGAAGUGGCUUUAAAGAUAAAUUUGCCAGAAUCCCGUGUACAGGUUUGGUUCAAAAACAGAAGGGCUAAGUGUCGUCAGCAACAGAAGCAGCAUAAUCAAGUUCAAAGUACGGAGAAAUCUACAGCAAGGAUAAAAACGAAAACUACCCCUACUGCGAUGAUAACAAAACCGUCUCCCACAACGCCCCCCUCUACGGGAAGUAGUAACAAUAAUACUAGUACUAGUUCAUCGGCUGGUUCCCCUUCAGUACACCCAGCGUCCCAUCUUAGGGACAGUCCGAACUACGUCAAACCUCAAAUGCUAGCUCCUUGUAGUACAACUAGUCCACCAACCAUUGCGUCUGCCACCUCCUCAACUUAUACCAAUCCAGCAAAUUCCAGUAUAUGGUCUCCGGCAUCCAUAGACAGUUUCCCGAUAGACCAACAUCGAUGGUGCGCCACAACGCAGAGCGGCAUUAUGACCACCACGAAUUCAUCGUCAAACUGUUAUAAUAAUUAUUAUUAUUCCAAUAUGGAUUACCUCAGCACACCUGGAAUGAGCCAUUCUCAGUUUUCGGAAAAUGGUAUAGAGUCAAGUUGGGGUAAAGGCAGGGACGAGUCUGCAUGGUUAUACAACAGUACCUGGGAUCGAAAAUGAAACAUCCAGUUAACUAGUAGAAAUAAUAAUAAUAAUACUCAUAGAUUAUCUCAAGUUACCUAUUUAAAAAAUCCAUAGUUCUUCUCACAGUUUCUUCUAUCUAAACUCAGUUCAUGUCUGGCUUAGUUUCUUUUCAUAGAAAACACAAAAAUCUGUCUAGAACUAGGUUGCCUGCAGAAGCCAUAAAAUGUAGCAAGAAAAUUAAAACAUCUUUCUUCUUGAAAAUAAACUAAGGCUAGUAAUUACAGGGUGUUUUAAAAAACAUGUUCCAUCUCUCGUGUUGAUCGAAAUUCCACCCAUAAAAAUAAGAUUUAUUUUUUAUAUCAUCAUAGGUCCGAUUCUGCUUUGUUUCUUAGCUACAGGCAGAGAUUAAAGCACAGUUUAAAGAAUAUAAUAUACGUUUAAAGAAUAUAUUUAUAAAGUAUAUAUUCUUUAAACUGUGAUUAAAGUCUUCAUAUUUUUCUGUUUAGGUAUUAUAAGUAAUAUUAUUCUCAGUGCUUUUAGCGACUCGAAUGAAAUUUUGAGUGUGAAAGUUAUUAAAAGUACUAUAUAUUUUAAUGCUAAAAAAAGGCUCGACAGACUCACCAGGGAUGUGCAUAUGGGUUAUCACUCGAAUUUUACUCUAAAAUAAAAACAUGUGCGUUACUUUUAUCCCUUUUGUAGAUCGUUUAAUGCUGUUGUCUCUUGAUAUUUUGUCGAUUCCGAUCUCCUUGAUGAGAUAAACGCAAUUUUAUUAAUCACAAUAAA